AAACUGUGAAUAUUUUGUUUUCCUUACAAAUUGUUAAACAGAGGAAAACAGAGGAGCAAGAGGCGGGUUAGAAUUCGAUGCGAUUCUCAAACCCAUAUCCUUGGGAUAUAAUAAUAUGGGUGUACUUGAUAUUUUCUUCAUGUUUUUUGCCGUCAUUCUCUCAUCAUCAGGCCUUCAGAGCCCACCUUAUGUGUGGAACUACCAACGAAACCUCUCAGACCUUUAUUAGGAAUGUGAAUAAAGUUAUGGGAGCUUUGUCCGAAUUGGUUGCUGCCCAGGGCUGGGGAAUCUUUUCUGUGAUCGAUCCGCCAUUUAAUGUCUUUGGAUUAGGCCAAUGUUAUGAUGAUGUCAAUGGAAAUGAUUGUAGAAUCUGUUUCGACACAGCAACAGAAGAUCUCAAAAGGUGCAUCCAUGCCACAUCGGGGCGAAUCUAUCUUGAUCGGUGCUUCCAGCGUUUCGAUAACUAUAGCUUCUACAAUGAAGGGUUUGAUGCCAACUAUGAUCACGUAAUGUGUGGCUCGCCUAAAGGUGUUUCCAAUGACAGCUACAUUUAUCAGGAUUUUCAAAAUAAGUUGGAUCUAGUGGUCAUGAACGUGACGAAGAUGGCUUUGAAAAACAAUGGUUACGCCGCAACGGAGGUGAAAGGAGGGUUGGUGACCAUUUACGCAUUGGCGCAGUGUUGGAAGACAAUUGAUAAAGAAUCCUGCAGAGAGUGUUUGAGGAAUGCAGGGUUGGGGUUGAGGAAGUGUGCCCCUGGAGCUGAAGGCAAGGGUAUGUUUUCUGGGUGUUAUAUGAGGUAUUCAACCAAUAGAUUUUUUGAUCAAGUUGCAGAAACAAAUGACAAUCAGGGGUUUGGUCAUUGGGUCAUCAUAGGAAUGGCUUUAGCAGCAAUUGCAUUCACUUUGCUUGCUGGUGUUGGUGCUCUUAUAAGCUACAAGAGAUUAUCCAAGAAGAAAGAAGGGCUUGACGGUCUAGAUGACAUUCCAGCUGCUGGAAACAAGACUAGUUUAAAUUUCAAGUAUGAAACGCUUGAAAAGGCAACUGAAAGUUUUGAUGAAUCGAGGAAAUUAGGCCAAGGAGGAGCAGGUUCUGUGUUCAAGGGAAUUCUCCCUAAUGGUAAAACUGUUGCAGUUAAAAGAUUGUUCUUUAAUACCCGGCAGUGGGUGGACCAGUUCUUUAAUGAAGUAAAUUUGAUCAGUGGAAUUCAACACAAGAACCUUGUAAAGCUUUUGGGUUGCAGCAUUGAAGGUCCGGAGAGUCUUCUAGUUUAUCAAUAUGUACCUAAUAGGAGCCUAGAUCAAAUCCUUUUUGUUAAGAACACAAUACACAUUCUAAGCUGGUCACAGCGGUUCAACAUCAUAUGUGGAACAGCUGAAGGGCUAGCAUAUCUUCAUGGAGGUUCUGGAGUUAAAAUCAUUCACAGAGACAUAAAAGCAAGCAACAUUCUCCUUGAUGAGAAUCUCACUCCAAAGAUUGCUGAUUUUGGACUUGCACGUUGUGUUGCUUCAGAUAAAUCCCAUGUUAGUACUGCAAUUGCAGGGACAUUAGGAUACAUGGCUCCUGAAUAUCUUGUUCGAGGACAACUAACAGAGAAGGCAGAUGUUUAUGCUUUUGGGGUGCUAGUUCUUGAGAUUGCAACUGGUAGGAAAAACAGUGUUUUCUCUGAGGGUUCAAGUUCAAUUUUGUACUCGGUCUGGAAGCAAUACAAGGCAGACAGUAUAACACAAGCUAUUGACUCUGGCUUAAAAGGCAGGUUUGACGAGAGGGAGGCAACGAGUGCGCUUCUCGUUGGGCUUCUGUGCACCCAAGCUUCAGUUGCGCUAAGACCAUUCAUGUCAGAAGUAGUUCAAAUGCUAGCCGAUACAAGUGGUGUGAUUCCCUCUCCAAAACAACCUCCAUUCUUGAAUGCUAGUGUGCUGAGUCCAGAAGACACUAUCAGUAGUUCUUUUAUGGGGUCUUCAGCUUUAGAUGAGCCAGAAACAGGUCCAGAGUCAUCCACUCAAAGGCCUGGCAUUACAGCUAGUCCUGUUUCCGAUCAUUGUACACAAACAAAGUAUCAAAAUCAAGAUAGCCUAGACUCGUUUUCUCAUUAG